GAGACUAUUUUAACCAGUAAAUUUUUUCCACUGCAAAUAUAUAGAAUUUUGCAGAGUAAAAGACAUUAAAAUUCAAUCGAAUUUGUGAACUGUUUUGCAUCGCAUUGUUUACCCCUUUCUGGCAAAUUCCCUGUACGAUCUAAACAACUUAUUACGAUAAGAUAUAUGCAUAUUGUUAUAGUUGACUCAGGCUUCUCCGUUUCAAGCAAUUUGAGAUCUAAAUCCUCUGCAAAAUCUUCUGCAUGUUCAAUUAACAGGAUUAACUUCUCUUCAAUCUCUUAAAUAUUUCUAUUGAUUGAUUUAUUUGUCAUUUAUCUGAUCUUUUCCAUCUCUAUGUCAGGCUAAUUCCCUUGGUUUACCAGCCAUGUAGCCCCUUUAGGGGCCGUUUAAUCUACCGUAGAAUCUGUUUCUAUGGCGAUUUUCAUCCUCCUCAUCUUGCUGGUCGAGCGUGGUUGCAACUGUAUAAGCAGGGGUCUAAUUUUUUACCCUCAUUUUCCUAUGAAUCCGGAUCAAUUUUUAGGGGUCUUCAUCAUCCUCUUCAAAUCGGUAACAUCAUAGGUUAAUCUUUCAUGUUCAAAGCAAGGUUUGAUUUUUUAGACUCAUAACUUAUUCUAGCUUCAGGGGUUGCUAUUGAUCUUUAUCCAACUCUUUAUUAGCUGCUUUCAUUUUAAUUGGCUAAUAUUCCCUUUCUCAAGUUGUCCUGGUUAACCGAUGGGUCUUUAUCUCCUAUCCAAUUUCGUUAUCAUCUUUUUAAUUCAAAGUUUCCCUGUUCAGAAAUUAAUGGUUGUACUGUCCGUGAUCAAAUCCACUUGAUGCUUGCAUAAGAGUGUCUGUUUAUGUUAGAGUUCUCCAAGUCCUGCUUUUUGUCAUUUUUAGUUUCUUCAUCAUAUUACAUGUUUGUUUUAUUGCUCCAAAGAAGCGUUUUUUAGUAUUGCUGGCGUUAAAGCUCCAAUCGUUGUCGACUUUCCCAAGUUCUCCCUCCAUGUGGCUAAUUAUUUUGGUACUGUGUCGGAUCAAUGUUUUAAGGUCCGGUCUCUUUGUUUUCAUCUAAAAUAGUUUCUCCCCGUGGUUUUUUCGCAUUUGAGUCGACUGACGGUAAUUUUCUCCGCUGUUUACUUUCUAUUCUGGUGUUCGAUCAGACUAAUUUUCGUCUAGUUUCAAGGUUUUUUCUGUAGAAUAGUUAUCUUCAGCGGUUUUCUUUUUAAUAUUGGCCAGCUAUACCCAUCUAUCAUCCUUUGGUUUUUGUCUAAGUUAUGCUAUUGCAUAGUCUCAUGGAAUGGCUCCUUCUUUUGAGACAUUUUGUCUUAGUGUUUUUCUUCCCUUAAUCAUUUAUGUCUGGAUCUGUUUAGCUGACAUUUUAAACCUCCCAGCAAUUUUUUAGAACCUUCUUUUCUCCUUUAGCCAAUUUAUGAUGCAGCUUUUAAGCAUUUUAAAUUUAAAUAUUUCGGUAGCUUUCCCCUAUUUCUUCUGAUCUCGACAAUGAGUUUGAGCAUCUUGCUAAAUCAAUUUAUUUCUAUGUGAUGUGACCUUUUGAUUGGUAUAUGAGUUAAUUCUGGUCCCCAACAGUUGCUUCCUCUUUGGCAAUUAAUCCCUACGCUCCCUCGCCUUCUCUUUAACAGAUACUACACAGUUUUAACAGUCUACUUAAGGUGGUUACAGGGUCGGUAAACUGUUUCUUUAAUCCUGUUAAUUUAAGUUUAUUUCUUUUGCCAUCUUAUUACUCAGAUUUAAUCUCCUUUGAUUCCUUCUUUGCUGUGAGUGUUAUCUGUAUUGGCUUCAUCCUAAUUAACUAGACUUUCUCUGUUUAGUUCUUUAUUUUCCUCUGAUGUGUCUUUUUUAGGUCCAUGCUCCUCGCCUUCAUCACUACUGCUCUUUUUCUUGUUCCCUGUGUUAAACCGAUCUUUAAUAUUGUCCUAAUUUCUUGUCAAGUUUUAUUUAUUUUCUCAUCUUGUUCUAUCCAUCUCUACUAGUUGUGUUUGAACUCCUUUUUUCUAGUUUGCAUUACUCCUGUCCUUUAGCCAGAUAAAAUUCUCACUAAUUUUAGUAGUGUAGCUUUGUCUAGCAAGAUGAAGCUUUUGUCUUGCAACGUACAGGGUAUAGGUACUCCUCUCACUAAAGACCAUUUACAAUACCUUUGCCAAUUAUAUAACCCUGAUAUAGUGUUUCUAGCCGAGACAAAAGCUCCGCUGUCUCGGAUGGAUUUAUUCUUUAAAAAAUCCAAGUUUCAUGACUGGUUUAUCAUUCCGUCUGUGGGAAUAGCAAAAGGGUUAGCGAUCGCCUGGCAUAAUAUUAUUGAUAUGAAAUUGGUAUGCCUGCAUAAUAAUAUCGAUAUGAAAUUGGUAUCAACAAAAUAUAAUGUGUGUCAUUUUGAAACAAGUCUAGGUGACGAGAAGAUUUUCAUCACUUGUGUUUAUAGAGCUAUUGAUACUGAUGAAAAAAUCAGGCAAUGGAAUUAUAUUUCAGAAAUGGCCCAGCAAGUGAAUAAACCUUGGGCUCUAAUUGGCGACUUAAACAUCAUUCUUGACCCAGAUGAAAAGCAAGGGGAAAAUAAGGCUAGCUCUAGCAGCAAGACAAUCAUCAUCCAGACAAUUGACUUCAUAGGACUACAAGAUGCGGGAUAUGAAGGCGCUCCAUUCACAUGGUCAAACAACAGAAAAGGAGAAGUGAACAUUUGCGAAAGAAUUGACAGAGCAUUGACCUCAUUUCUAUGGUCUCAAAAAUUCCCGGACGCCAAGAUCUGGAGAAUUCAAGCCAUCCCAAGAAUUAGACUUCUCAUCUGGAAAAUAGCACAAAAAGUUCUACCAACGUCGGCUAGAUUGGGUGCUCACAAUAUGGAAAUAGACCAGAUUUGUCAAUUAUGUAACAAUCAAGCGCAAGAAACGGAAGCUCACCUUUUUUGCGAGUGUCCAUUUGCAAGAGCCGUCUGGUUUGGUCUAUCACUACAAAACGUUAUCACUAUAAACUCCCACAACACAAUUAUUGAUUGGAUUAAAUGGUGGAUUACGGAAGCGAAUUUGAGCCAAAUUCAGGUAAAAAUAUCCACCACAAUUUGGUUCAUUUGGAAAUACAGAUGUUCGGUAGUUUUCGAAAAAAUCCACCCAAACCCGGUCAGUUUAAUAGGAUAAAUCAAUAGUUUCUUAAAUUCCGCCCCGUUAAAUACCCUUCAAAGCAACAAGCAGAAUCUGGAGAGAAUAUCAAUCAACAAUUAUUGGUCCAACCUAAAUUCGGAUUGGAUAAUCUUCAUUGAUGUUUCUUAUAAAAAAGAGGAUUCUUCGAUGGGAUACGCUUUCAUCCUAUACUCUACUGAUGAGGAGACUUUCAUGCAUCUUUCUGCGGGUUCGGAGUGGGCAACGUCAGCUUUCCAUGCAGAAGCAAAGGCCUUGCUAAAGGCUGUUACAUAGUUAAAAGAAAAUAUUUUAUCAAGUGUAUUCAUUGUAACAGACUGCAAACCUCUGGCAGAUAACUUAAACAAGAUGCCGACAGAUUCAUCGUGGUCAGCAGAAAAUACCUUGCAAGAAAUAAGGAUAAUAUUGGGCGAUCUACCUCAAGCUAAAGUGACGUAUAUAAAGAGAAAAAACAACAAGGCAGCGGACUACAUCGCUAAGGAGGCAAGGAUUAAAAGACUACAACACAUGUCGGAAAACCUAUUUCAAAGACUUGAUAAAUCUAGCAUUGAUUCUAACACCUUUGAUAAAAAUAAUCUUGGAAAUAUUUUGUACUACAUUUGCUAGUUUUUAAUAUAUGAGUUGUUCCAUCAAAAAAAAAUAAUUACCUACUAUACGAUGGAAAAUCGUCUGACGAUCAUAAAAUGUACUAAAUAAAAAAGAAUUACAGUAUUUUGCUUGAUGGGAUGAAGUGGGGGUAUUCGUAGUCUUAAAAAAAAUUGAACUCGAC